AAGCUAAGGAAGUGACGUUGUGAACAGGAAACAACAUAUGAUUCUUCGAGUUCAGAAAGUUUUGUUAGCAAACUAGCAAAUUCAUCACAAAAAACUAAUCAUACACAAAAACAAGUUGUCUGUCUUCCAUAUAUGCCUAGAUCCAGAGAGAAUGGCUGCAGACUGGCUGGGAAGUCUGGUGUCAAUAAACUGUGGACCAACCCUGGGCAUGUACCAGGGAGAAGUGUCAUCUGUGGACCAGACUAGUCAGACCAUCUCUCUCAGACAACCUUUCCACAAUGGGGUCAGGUGCCCUGUCCCUGAGGUCACCUUCAGUGCUAUGGACAUCAGAGAGCUCAAGUUCCUGGAUAUCCAAACACAAAGUGGUGUCAGCAGAGCCAGUGCUGGACAGGGGGUCUUGUCUGAUUCAGGCGUCAUAUCUUCAGGGCAGAGUGGUCAGAAUAGCAGAGGUGGUUACCCUGCCAGCAACACCCAUUGCACCACUGCUCCUAUUACCAUUUUACGCAAAGGUCCUCCAGCAUCAUCUAGUAACCGAGGGCCAAACCAGGCCACGCCGAAGAAGAACGGAGUGAAAAACGGAGGAGGUGGAGGGCAGAUGAGGCUCAGGGACGACGAGUGUUUUGGUGCUGACAUGGACGAGGGUCUGGACACAGACUUUGACUUUGAGGCAAACCUGGCACUGUUCGACAAGGCAGCCGUGUUCUCGCAGAUUGAUGGCACAGAUUACAAUGGGGUACGUUCCCGUGGUACGCCCGGUGGCGAACGCGGUACACCCACGCGUUACCGUCACGACGAGAACAUCCUGGAGGUCAAACCAGUCGUCUACCGACAGAUCACGGUCCCACAACACGGGGGCAAAGAGUACUGCACUGACUCUGGCCUGGUUGUCCCCAGUGUGUCCUAUGAGCUUCACAAGUGUCUUCUGGCCUCAGCGGAGCGGCAUGGCCUGUCUCUGGAGCGGAGGCUAGAGAUGACUGGUGUGUGUGCCAGCCAGAUGGCCCUCACUCUACUGGGGGGCCCCAACCGGCUGACGCCUAAGAAUAAUCACCAGCGUCCCACGGUGGCCCUGCUGUGUGGCCCCCAUGUCCAGGGGGCCCAGGGCAUCAGCUGUGGACGGCACCUGGCCAACCACGAGGUGGAGGUCAUCCUCUUCCUUCCCAACUUUGUCAAGAUGCAGGAGUCCAUCACCAACGAGCUCUCUCUCUACAGCAAGACCAGCGGCAAGCAGGUGGCCAGCAUCAAAGACCUGCCGGUCAGCCCGGUGGACCUGGUCAUCAACUGUCUGGACUGCCAUGAGAAUGGCUUCCUGAGGGACAAGGCCUGGUACCUGGCGGCUGCGGACUGGGCCAACCAAAACAGGGCUCCAGUACUCAGCAUUGACCCUCCAGUGAGUGGCCAGAAGCAGGCCGUGGAGGCCAAGUGGACCCUGUCUUUGGGCCUGCCCCUGCCUAUAGAUGGUGGGGAGGCUAGGGUCUACCUGUGUGACAUCGGGGUGCCCAAGCAGGUGUUCCAGGAAGUGGGCAUCAACUACCAUUCGCCCUUCGGCUGCAAAUUUGUUAUUCCUUUACACUCUGCAUAGCAGGACCUGCUACAACCUAUCAGCCCUGGUUGUGAACAGGAUUGUGUUGUCAUUCUAGUGAAAUACAGAAGGCCUUCUUAGAGGGUGAUGUGUACAGUUACUGAAUAAAGGUUUUGGGGGAAUUUCAGAAUGUGCACUUAAUUGUAUUGCUGGUUGGUAUAUGUUUUUCCUUUGCUCCCGGUGGACCCCUGGGAGUAUAUCGUGGGCCACGGGAGAAUGGUAAAGCUCCAAGAGGAGGGCUUCCUGAUAAGGGCUAUGUGUGUGUAUUGCCCUCCUCUAAUAGCCAGUCUGAGUAUGUUAUGUUUACAGAGAGCUGACUAACCACUAGGAGUCAGUCUCUAUAUAUAACCCCUGACCCUGACCAUGUGACCAGCCCUGGGCCUGAGACAUACUUCCUGUUUCCUACUGUAGAUUGUGUGGACUGGAGACCACAGGACCUGGCUGACCCAGUGCCCCACAGCAGAGCUCAAUCUCUCUCGCCUCUCUGGGAAAAGCACUAUGAUCUGAAUUGGAGGUUUUGGUUGAAAUGCCAUAUUCUCACUAAAUUCAAUUGGUGUGUUUUUCUUAAAUGGCACUUUUUGGUCAACAUCGAUUGUAGCGAUAUUGAAUUGAAAUGUGUAAUUUAGCUAGCACUGGUAUCAACUCGAAACACACUCAUUUGUUUGUCCUCUUUUCUCUAUCUAAGAAAAUGGUUUAAGAAUUGGUCUGUUUUUGAAUAUAUGGAAAAUGUUUUGGAUUUGUUUGAGUGCAUAUAUUUUCUAAGCUGCAUCUGGGCUAUAUUUUUAACAACACUGCAAUGAAAGAUGUAAAGUGGUGCUCAACACUUUUGUUUCAGUGUAUUUGUGUUAUCGUACAAACAAAUAGUUUCUCCGUCUUUUACACUUCUCAUAUGAAAUCAUAUCUGUUUGACACCUGUCAGAUAAGGCCACAUACAGUCUUAUAAUAGUUUACAAGGGUAUGCAUAUGUAUCUGUUAAGUAGCUAUACACAGUAGAAAGGUACACAUGCUCUACCUCUGCUGCCGUGACUGUCUUCUUGCUUCAGGUUUUGUAAACAUGUCAUUUGCCAAGCAGUACCAUUUAGUUUACACUGAGUAUUACAGCAUUUGUCAAGAAACAAGUUAGUUUUCCUAGUGGUAGCCAUUGUACCAUUUUUAAUUCACGUUCAGAUAGGCUUGGGUUUGGGUUUAUUUAAUUUGUGUUGGCAAUAUGCCAUUUCAAAUCUGAACACAAGCGUUAGAUGUGUAGCUAAACAGAGGGGCCACAGCGGAUCUUUAAAUUAGCUUGAGCCAGACUUGGAUUUGUGUGAGACGUUCGGUGGUUGUGUAAACAGUUCUGUGAUUGCAGACCUGUUUGGUCACGUACUGGCCAGGAUGUCUGAAUUAUGUUUGCAAACGAUUAGCCAUUUUUGCAAACACUCGGUGCAUCUUAGUAUGGAGUGCAGACCAAGUGUUUUAGGGAGCUUUUGUGAAUGGGUUAGAUUUAGGUUUGGCUAUGUUUCUCCAUGGGCAUUGAGGCUGGCUGCUUUCUUAAACUGUAUUAUACACUUUUUUUAUUCUAAAUACAAUUAUUGGUGUGUUUGCACAUGUUUACUUUCAUGGGUAGUCGAUGAGGAUUGAUCUGAAUUGAUCGGGUUACAACUUUGCAAACAUUCAUAUGACUAUGUCUUGCCUGUGUAUCUGCUCUACAUUUCCAAACGACUAAAUCAGACUUGUUAAUAGUGCAUAUAUAGUAAAUCAAUGGCAUAUGUUGCCAAUUGUGUUCUAGCUGGUAGGACUCUGAGUUUUCAUUUGUUUUUGUUUAUCUCUGAUAAUGUUGCUCAAUAAUGCUGUGUCGCGCAAUGAGCUUUCUCACUUAUUACAAGUGUAUGUAGCCUGUUUUUGUAAAUGUAUGCCAUCUCACUUGCAGUAUCUGUAGUUGGCACCGCAGUAUUGACAUAACAUGUUAUGAUGUGAGAAUAUAUUUUAAAAAAUGUAUAUUUAUAAAGCAUCCAAAUCACUUAUUUUUGCCUAGUUGUUGGGCUCCUUGAGGCUGCUGCUGUUGUCAGCUUUGAGAGGAAUGCCAUCAGAUGGCCUGUUCCUGCAUGCGAUGCCAGAGAGUUAUGGAUGCUGAGGUGAGAAGUCUUACAGGAGAUUUUGUGUCACCCUAAAAGUGCUACUUUCAGAAAUAUUUCCCAGGGAAAUGAUGGUCUUGUAUUGUGACACUCCAGCCCAGACAGAUAUAUUUUCAAGUGAUUUAUGGUCAUAUUGUUACAAAAGAUUUGCCAGAAAACAGGCCAUGUUUUCACACGGCCAGUUAGUCAUAUUCUUCAGGACUCACAGUAAUUGUUUUUGGGAAGUGUCCUCUUGGUAGCUAGCAAUGGAAUAGUGGCUAAUCUCAUGAUGUCGGAACAAAACCAUUUUGUUUGAUCAAGUCAUUACAGAUUUUUUAAAUAUUUUUUUUUACUUAAGUUUAUUUUUUAAGGAAUUGGUGUGUAAACUGGAAUAAUAAACGUUAUCCUUUAUCAUAAAGGAAUUUCAGCAAGGCAGAUGAAGCAUGUGACACCACAAGUAUUUGUAACUGUGUAUGCAGGUCUGGUCCAAGUUGACACUGUUCUGUAUACUGAGAUCAAGCUUGAGAAUUCUUGACUGAUAAACAUUAAAUGUGACACUGCAUAGAAAAUAUUCAAUUUUUUAAAGGGCCUCAAUUUUUCAAAACACUUCCAUUUCAAUUGCUGUUAACCUGUUUGUUGUAAAAAAUAAAAUAAAAAGACCACUUCAUCCAUUUUUAUAUAGAAAAUACAGGGGGGCAGAAUGUGCCACAUGCACUACUUUUAUAGGAAUUGAAUCUUGAGGGCACAUUUGAUUUAUUUAAUUUGUGUUAUAGCUAACCCACAGACCACAGCUACAAUGUUUUGGGUGAAAAAAAGUUUGUUACAAGAUCAUGUGUGGGAGUGUGUAUAGUAAUUGUUACGGUUCUCCAAGCCACACUUUUUAUGAAGCUGCAGCAAAUGUACAAGUGUUUUUGUUUAUUAAAUGGACAUGUGGUUACUCUGCA